UACAACAGUGUUAUCAGUUGCUUGCUUCGUUGUUACUCUGCCGAACGCUGACAGUCAGUAGCAGUUGUAUCGCUCGCCACCUUUUGAAGGCAAACGGAGUAUAACUUUAAGUUAGCUUUGCAACUAAGCUGACAGCCUUAGGGGUGAAAUAAAACUCAUUUAUCGGCGUUGCACGUCACAAUGGACACUGUUCAGAGAUUGGUGUCUGGAUUUUCUCUGGACCUGGGACCAUUGAAAGAACCCCUUGGAUUUAUUCGUGUCCUAGAAUGGGUGUUCACCAUCUUUGCUUUUGCCACCACCGGAGGUUACUCAGGGACAACCCACUUUACAGUCACCUGCCCAGGAUCCCAGGUGGUGCAGGAAGUACAUCCUGUAUUUGGCUACCCGUUCAGGUUGUCAGCACACCCAUAUCAGAUCCCGUCGUGCAACAGCAGUCCAUCCAAUGAGACCUUCCUGCAGGGCGACUUCUCCUCCUCUGCAGAGUUCUUUGUGUGCAUUGGUGUGUUUGGGUUCCUGUAUUGCACUGCCACGCUCAUCCUCUACCUAGGCUACCAAAGCGUCUACCGCCAGACCACCCGCGGUCCCAUCAUAGACCUGGUGGUGACUGCUGCCUUUGCCUUCCUGUGGCUUGUGUCCUCCUCAGCCUGGGGCAAAGGCCUGACUGAUGUCAAAUGGGCCACUAACCCAGAGCACCUGGUGGAAUCGUGCAAGGAGGUCUGUAAACCAGGAGAGUUUCCUUCCAUGGGUCGUCUCAAUGCCUCUGUGAUUUUUGGCUUUUUGAACUUGAUCCUGUGGGCAGGCAACUGCUGGUUCAUUUACAAGGAGACUCCUUUCCACAAGGAUCCCAACCCACCCGCCACCAUGGAAGAAGGAGGGGCCCCUGGGCCCUAGCCACAUCACUGAGGUCCUUGAGCAUAGCCCUGUAGCCACAGCAGAAAUGCUUUGUUCCCAACAUUGGUCUCUGAUGUUCGCCUGCAGAAAUGGAAAUAAAAGGAAGGCAAUUGUCCUAUAUACCCCCAUACCUCCCAACACUUGCUAGUGUUGGAAAGUUAAUCCUGUCCCCAAUGACUGAGUAACACUAAGUCUUUCUUUUUUUCAAAAUCUGUCAACUCCCAAUUCCUGCAUGCCUUGAAAACACUAAGUGCAAAUACAAACUGAAAUGCUUUCACACUAUGUACAAUAAGAGCUACUGUGAAUAUAGCUUGAGUUGAACACUAAAACUGUAUGUAUAUGGUGUUCAGAACAGCAGGCCCGCACUACAUUUGCUUCCACAUUAGCACACUGCCCUCCCUUGAUAUUAGCCCUUUGGGGAGUCACCUAGUGAUGAAAUUGUGAUGUAGGAGCCCAGAAUCUCUACUAUUCUUCAACCAAGGAAAGGGCAAAGGAUUAACAGAAGUUCAAAUCAAACAUCCCUCAAAUCCAAUAAAAGUGUGGCCACAAGAAAUGACAAUGAGCACAUGCAUACCUGGGGUUGAGCCAGUCCAGUAGGACCCUGCUUUUCUUACAUUAUGUCAUCUGUAAGAGGAAGUGCUACAGAACAGGUUCCAAGUGCUGCGUUUUCUAAACACGUCAAGAAGUUCAGUAGAUGAGCUUGUAGGUUAAAAUGUAUUGAAUGCUCUCUCCUCCAGUUAAUAUAUUAAACAGCUGAUACCAGACCCCUUUGUAUAAUUGGACUUUGGCAUGUGUUUUCUGAACUCUACCUCCGAGGCCUGAGACCAUCUAACAAUUACAUUUCCUCCAACAAUAUUCUAAUCUAAUAUUCUAAUCUACAAGCACUACAAUGUUUAAGAACACUUUGAUAUUUUUGCGCUUAACUGUUGAUGGCAUAAAGGAAAUACGAUACACACUAAGAAGAAAAAUCACACUAAAUCCUCCUGUACUUCUCUGUAAUUCAAAUGUAUAAGCAGAUCUUUAUUUUAGAAGAAUCUUUUUGCUUGAUGUUUUAAGUUGCUACAGUCUUGUGUAAUUUUCCACCUGUUUUCAGAACAAGGCAGGCUCUCUACGUGUUUACUUCAAUAGCUGUUAUACAUGACUUCACAGUGGACGUGACUGAUAGAUGUCAGGCCAAACCCUGUUUAGUUCCUCAUUGAUCAAAAUGUUGCAUUCACACUACUCAGUAACACCAACACCCGUCCUGUUUGAACUAUCUUUUGCAAAAGGUGACGUGCAGUCACAUUAUUUAUAUACAGUUCAUAUGUAUUUUUAUCUACAUUAAUUGGUCUGUUGCAUAUGUUAAAACCAAUGUUGGGUUUCCUUUUAUAUUCCCAGUGGAAAAGUGUCAGUGUGCAGCUUCUCUUUGAUUUUUUUGUAACAUUGUCAGAUUUGCUGUUAAACUUGUUGUACCACUGAGUAGCCUGAGGCUUAAUUUUGUGAUGGUAAAUAGUUCAAGUAACAAAAGUGGCAAAAUGUGGUUGCCAGAUUAAUGUAAUCCUGCUGUAUCUUUUGACUCCUGUUCUGCUCUACAUGUAACUUUAUAGCCAGUACAAUACAUCAGAAGGUUUUGUGCUGAACACCUACAGUUGUUCUGAGUCACUGCUGAUGAUUAUUUGUCGAUACAUUGGCUAUUUGCAUUGCACUAAGACGGAUGUAAUGAUCUCAAUGAAGUAACUGUUUUGAUUUGAGUUAUUGGGCCAUCUGGGCAGCUGUUUUAUUUCAUUGCCAUAGCCUCUGUAGGAAAUAAAUGACUGGCUGUUUGAGUCACUAUAAGUAAAGUAAUAUAUUUUCCACAUCAUAUUGAAAUUAGACAUAUAUUUGGUAAGAUGCUUUGUCAAUUUUAAAACACGAAUCUUAAUUUGAUUAGAGCACCAUGAGAAUGUGGAUGUUUAUGUAAUGAAUUAUACUUUAUAUGUUUUAUGCCUUGUUUGUGCAAAAGGAAACAAUGGUUUAUCUGUAUUGACACGUAAAACAUGAAAGCUGCAA